AUGGUACAAUCUUACCCAUUUUCAGCAGCCUUCUUGGGUUUUCCUGAUGAUGCUCGCCGUCCCAUCAACACAGUUUUCGAUGAUGACGGUGACAUGGCAACUGAAAAGGCCUCCAGCACAAGCGCACUAUCCACUCCAAUGGUGAUUCUCCAAGAUGCUGAGGAGGAUAUCCCUUUCCAGAAGCAUGAUAAAAUGGCCCAACAGCUUUUCAAUUUUUUUACCUUUGGUGGCAAGAAUGGAAUUGCUGACAGACAUGAGGCCCCUCUUUGGAAGCAUGGAAGCCCCGCAACGCCUGGCAAAGUAUCAAGGCUUGCUGAUACGGCCGGACCUUGGGUGCAUAUGGCCCUUUUUUGA